CUGUGAAGUCAACUACUGCUCAGUGUGGUGCCGAUUGCAGAAUGAAGAACAUGGUGAACCUUUCCCUUGGAUUGGGAUUGUCUAUAUUUCUUGUAAUAGGCUGUGCAUCGGCAUGUGAGGACAUAUUUCUACAAAACGAAGAUGAGGAAAUUGUCAAUGGAACAGUCUACACUACAAGAGGGGCGCUUUUGAUCCUUGUGUGCGAUGGGACAUGUCAGGGAGCUGGAUUCACCCCUAAUUUAAAAUGGUACACUCCAUCUGGAGAGAAAGUCUCAACAUUUCCUGGGAGGAUAAUGUCAGUGUAUCAACAAAGCAGAAGAAGCCGGAAGUUGUAUGUUCAGCGAUUCCGUUGGCGCGACCAGGGCACUUACAGCUGCGAGGGCCAAAUACACGGAGAGUUCCGGAAGUCGUCAGUGAAAGUCCUCAUUAGAGGCACUUCAAUUCGCCCGGUGAGCCCACGUCCGGAAACGGAAACAACCGAGUCACCUACAGACGAGUCGGAUGCACUGCCGUUACUCCCAGAUACGCUUGUUCAAUGAUAACCGCAGUUACAAUUUGUAGCUGUAUAUCAUCUACAAAUAAAGGUAUCUUGGGAA